AUGGAAAUUGAUAUGCCAGAGAAAAGCAAUGCUGAUGCGAAGUCACUCUUAGUGUAUUUUGAUUUGGAAACAACUGGUUUGGACACCAAUGCCCAGAUAGUGCAAAUCGCUGCAAAAUGUGGAAGAUAUGAAUAUAGUGUUUACGUUAAUCCAACCAAAGAAAUUUCAAAAAGUGCUACCAAAGUUACAGGUUUGAGUAAUAGUGGUGGUAUGUUAUGUCUAAAUGGGAAGGCUGUUGAAAGUGUUGAUCUGCAAGAAGCUUUAAUCGCAUUCAAACAAUUUUUAGAAUCAUUAUCAAAGUCAAAGAAGUAUCUAUUAGUGGCACACAAUGCUACCUUUGAUAUUAGAGUAUUUUUAAAUAGUUUAGUUAGUUGCAACAUGCUACGAGAUUUUGAGGUGGUUGUAGGCUUUUCAGACUCUCUAAAAGCUUUCAAAAAAUUGAUCAUCGAAAAGAAAAAAGGCCCAGGACAAUUCACAUUAAAAGGUCUAGCUACAAAAUAUUUAGAGCCCAAAGAUUUAGAAAAUUUUCAUGAUGCUACUGGUGAUGUCAGAGUCUUGGAAAAAUUAGUAAAAUAUUUCACGUGUCAAGAAUUACUUAACAGUUUACAGAAAUCUUACUAUGAUUGCUGCAAUAAAGUACAUGAAAAUAAUAAGAUAAACUUCAAAUUGCAAUACUUGAGAGAAUUGAAAGGUGUUUUAUCUCUUACGUACUUGAAAAAAUUAGCUAAAUAUAACAUUACAUACCAACAACUAUUAGAAUUAUAUAAAAAGGAAGGAGCAGAUGGUAUUCAUAAAUUAUUUACUGAAAAAAGUGAAGGUAAAGUUAAGAUUACCAAAGAUAUAAAAGUUUUAAAUACAUUAGUUCACUUUUUUCAGACUGACCUGUGA